CAAAAACACUGACAGUAGGUUGCAGUGCCCUAAGUAAGCUCUGGGACAUACAAAGCAGAUUUCACAUAAAUGGCAGACUUUGAAGGGACAGAUGAGGAGCUGAUAGAGUUUGCCAUUCAAGAGAGUUUACAGGACUCGUGCAAAUUACCAUUCUCAUCGACCGCAGAUUGUAUAGAAGCUUCCAGUGAAGACUAUUGCGUAAUAGCGGCUGCCAUCGACAAAGGUGAUGUGCACACACUGCGAAAGCUGUGGGGCUGUAGGGAAGCCUUCAGAGAGGCAGACAGCUUUGGCAGACUGCCUCUUCACAGGGCAGCUGUUCUGCCUCUGGCACACGUCCUGGAUCAAGUGCUUCUGGCAUCCAGCGAGCUGACCCUGGAGGAGGUGACGGUGGACUUGGAGACGGCCCUCACUCUAGCUGCUCAGGCUGGCCUGGUGGAGAAUGUGAAGACCCUUUUGCAGCACGGAGCUUCGCCACACAGCACCAACAGCAACAACGAGUCCCCCCUGCUCCUAGCGGUGAAACAGGGCUCGUAUGACAUGGUCGAUACUUUGAUCAUGGGCGGGGCCUUUGUGGAGCAGGUGUGUCUGAAGAAGUGGACCGCCACCCACGAAGCUGCUAAGGUGGGCUGUACUGACAUCUUGAUGCUGCUGCUGAGGCAAGGGGGCAGAGUAACAGGUACAGAUGGGCACGGGGUCAUUCCGCUGGGCAUUGCUGCAGAGUACGGCCACCCUGAGGUUCUGGACAUACUCAUCCAGCACGGCAGCGAUGUGAACGCUCAAGCCAGGAAUGGAGACACGGUGCUGUACGAUGCUGCAGGCUCCGGGAACCUGGACUGUAUAGAGCUUCUGCUGCAGCAUGGAGCCAACCCCAACAUAGCCAGCCUGGCCUGCCAGCUUCCCAUCCACAGAGCUGCCUACGAGGGUCACUACCUAGCCCUGAAGACUUUGAUCCCCGUCACCACCAAGCGGGCCAUUCGUCUGUCGGGCCAGAGCCCGGUCCACUCCGCUGCUGACGGGGGCCAGGCAGUCUGCCUGCAGCUUCUCAUAGAGAAGGGCUUCAACGUCAACGCCAUGCUAGAGACACACAUAUCAGAGAACUAUGGCGACCUGAGGCGGAGCCCUCUAUACUUUGCCGUAUCCAACGGAGACUUCACCUGUUCAGAGAUGCUACUGGCUGCAGGAGCCCAGACCAACCUGGAUGCUCUCUGCUGCCUCCUAGUGGCAGUCCGCGCUGAGAGGUAUGAGCUGGUGCGACUGCUGCUGUCAUGGGGCGCGGACGUCAACUGCUACUUCACGGCCCUCAGUGACACAGUGUUCCCCACAGCUCUGCAGUACUGCCUCAAAGAUCCCUUGAUGUUAAGACUCCUGCUCAACAAUGGCUACAACGCAGAAAAGUGUUUUCAGUGUAACCAUGGCAGAAGCCAUGACAUGGAGUGUACCUGGGGCAACCUCCACAACCAAGACUACAAUCUCUACACUCAGUCAGACAGAAUUUCUUUCUGUGAUGUGGUCUCUCUAAACUCAUUGGUGCACCUGGUAGGGGGUGUGGUCAGGAUGCUCCUGGACUAUGUUGGCCACGUCUCCCUCUGUCCAAAACUCCACCCCCUGCUUGAGAGGCAGCGAGAGUGGCCUGACAUCAGUGACAUCACGGGAAAUCCACGGGCUCUGCAGCACCUGUGCAGGCUGAUAAUCAGAAAACAGAUGACCCCCAGGAGACUCAGUGAUCCUAUUGUCAUGGCAACUGUUCCCUUCCCUCCUGCCCUUAAGAACUAUCUGACCUACAGAGAGUACGACUUGUAUGGAAAGUCAUCAUUACUCUGAUCAUGAUAACACACACACAAUAGACAGGCACACCCACUGGACAAGCCAACACGCAAAUGCAUACAGGAACACAUACACCGGAUACCUUAUUUUGCUGGCCUCUAAACCUUUUACAGCUCCACCCUUGGACUAUAACAGCAUUAUUCUGUACUUGUAAUUAUUGCAAAGAAGUGUCCAUUGCACGUGUCACACACUAGAUAUGACCGUUACAGGGAUUGUAUUUUUCCGGUUCAUGUGUCAAGUCACUCAACUAUUUUUAGGAUCUUUUAAAGGCACACAGAGCAUUAGUUUUUUGUUGUUGUAGAAGAAUACAAAUGGCAGUCUAAACCAACAGCUUUGCUUUGGACAGAUUUACUUAAUACCAAUACACAAUUGAUUGUUCUUUUGCUUCAAUGUGGUCUAUUAAAUAAGAAGCAAUGUGUAGUUGGGUUUAGUUUGCGUACCUAUGUUUACUGUUAUUAAUGUUUUAUUUGAACUUUGUACCUUUACCUUUGUUUUGUCAUUGACCUCCAUGGAAUCUUUAUUCUUGGUCAUGUUAUUAUUGGCUCCAAGACUCCAGGGGCCAGUUUUUCAAAAGUAAUCUGAUCUGAUUACGGCUAUCGGAUUGGAUAAAAUCUUGAAAAUUGAUAUUUCAAAAGAAAAAAAGGAUUCAGAAAUUGGAUUGGAUCACGUAAUUUAAUCUUGUUGUUGAUCCGGAUCAAACCUUGAGUUUGGGUUUUUCAAAACUUUUUGGUAGGAUCGGGAUCAUUUUGAUCCCAAAAAUCAGGAUUAAACUGAUCCCAGCAGGAGGGUGGAUUCAUGGAGGAUAUCAGGUAACUAAACUUGGUUAGUUAAAUAAUACAACAUUUAUAUCAUGCAUUUUACAGUAUUUAUAUUUAUUUAUCAAUUUCACUUGAAUUGUUCAACAGGGAGUACAUAAAGUAGGUAGGCUAUGUAGGCUAGCAUCCUUUCAGUACAGCAAAUUAUAAAUUAUAAAUAUUUCGGCCCCAUAAAAUUACCCCCCAAACAGCUGUCAAUAUUGAACUCAAAUAAUAAAUGAUGUCUUUGUUUAUCAAACAUUAACCACACUGACACAAUCAUCAGUCAUGGACUUAUCAAAAAUAGUGUCUAACAAUUGCAUCUCUUAUUGGUCGUCCAGUCGGGCCCUCAUUCUGACAGAAUGCCGGAGGUUGGUCAGUGUCUCCAAUGGGCUCAGGUGCAUAAGGGACGUCAUCACAGAGAGGGACUUUGAACCUGGUCGCGAUGUUGUGUAGUACAAUGCAAGCAAGUAUUAUGUUGCAUGCUUUCUGUGGUUCCACUCUCAAGUAGUUAAGGCAUGCAAAGCGCCUCUUCAGAACUCCAAUUAAGCGCUCAAUGGUGCAUCUUGUUUUGCCAUGAGCAGUGUUGAAGCGUGCCUGCUCGGGCGUGUGUUUAGCCAGAAAAGGGGUCAUCAGCCAUGGGUAGGCACUGUCUCCUAAUAUGAUACCAUUUGGUCGGUUGGUUUGGAGCGCUCUAUAUAGAGCGCUCUCCCUCAGGAUGCGCGCAUCAUGGACAGACCCAGGCCACUUCACAACACAGUUUGUGAUGAGUAGCCCACAAGUUGAACAUUGAUGCUGUGUCUCCCCUUUCGGUUUAAAAACUCCCACUCAUUCUCAUGAGGUGCUUGUAUGUGCACAUGGGUGCAGUCAAUUGCUCCAAUAAUAUUGGCCAUAUUCCCCAAAAGAAAAAAAUUCUGCUUGGCCUUGUCAUGCUUCGGAAAAAAAAAAUAAGAAGGCCCAUGAGGGUAAAUCUCUGUGGUAUUUUGGGGGUGACAUAAAAUAAAGGAUCUUGCUUGAAAGCGAUUUGCAGUCUAGAAAUAGGAGUCUAGGACUGCAAAACCUUUAAUUAGGAUUAUACCCAAGUUUAGGUAUCUUAAUCCAUAAUGUUCAUCAUACAUAUCUCUUGACUACUGACUAUUACCAUAGAA